AGACAACCAAAGUAGAAUCACUUGGAAGUAAGAAGCUAUUAGAUGGCCUCCAUGGGAUUGGAUUUUUUUUUUCCAACAGGAACGUGAGCGGUGAGCAACCCUACCCCAGGCCCAGCUUGCGCGCUCUCUCUCUCUCUGGACGACGACGCCUACGCCAGGGCCCCAGGUCGCUGCCGCCCUACGCCAGGUCCCCUUCGCCGGCGACGAGCACCAGGUCUGUUGUUACUUCUCUGGUGAUGGACCGGAAUUCAGAUCAAAACUGAAAGAUUGGAGGAGCAUAUACCAGUUUGAGUGUAAAUAGAGGAUCUUCCUUAUGUUUGAUGAUUAGCUCAUUGAGCAACAUACAGCAACAGAUAGCUACAAAUCGUGGCAUAUGACUCCAAAAUGGAGUGCAUGCUCUUCAAAUAGCUACAGAGAACUACCUUCACAUGAAAAUGGAGAGUGCAAAUCAACCUUAACAGAGUCAGUCCCUUCACCUACAAGCUGUUUUGGCUUGCACACUGCAAACACAAUGUGCUCCUUAUCUUCACAAAAGAAGGAUGGUAAUGUUUAUAAAAGAAGGAAGAUGGAUAAGGAUUCAAAUUCUCCUAUAACAUUUGAAGAUGCUAAAGAAAUGGCAACCCAAAGUUGCACAAUUUCUGAUGACCACUCAUCAUUACUGCUACCCAUUAUCUCCUCAGAGGCAUUGCUUUUAAAUUCAACAGCAGGCAUGGCAGGUCCUAUCCUAGAUUGUGAGGAGCCUGCUGAUGUUCCAUUGGAGCCAAAUUCUGGUACAGAUGAUAGAUGCUUCAUUUCAAACAUGUCUCCAACUUCCAUGACUCCAGACAAAAAGAAUGCUGCUGAAUGUUCCUCAUCGAAUAUUGGCCCUACAGAAUCAAUUACCGAGCAUAUUUCACCAAGGGAUCUUUGCAUUGCCAUACUGAUGAAAGAUGGACUAAUAAAUGAAUCAAGAACAAGAAUGGCACAUAAAGAGGAAUUCACUGACAAUGAUGCUAACCCUUUGUUGGCAUGCAAUAAUUGUGGCUGCUUGGAACAUUCAUUGAAGAUGCUGAUAUGCGAUUCUUGUGAAGCAGGAUUUCAUUUGUCUUGCUGCAUUCCUUGUAUUAAGGAGCUACCUACUGAUGAAUGGUAUUGUGCUCCAUGCUUGUGUAAGAAACCCAAGAGUCUUUAUGGCAAACUCUCAGAGGGCAGGAUAAAUCCUUCCAGGAAUACUAACACAAGGCCUCAUGGGAUGAGUCACAUAGAGUACAUGCUGAAGGAUGCUGAACCAUAUGUAACUGGGGUUCGACUUGGUAGAGAUUUUCAGGCAGAGGUGCCAGAAUGGUCUGGUCCAUCAUCCAGCGAUGUUUACUUUGACGAGCCCUGUGCAAUUGAUUCUGCAGAACUAACUACAUUUAAUUUGUGCAAAAUGAGUAAUCAAAGUCAUUCUUCCAUUGGUAAUUGGAUCCAAUGCCGUGAGACCUUGAAUCCAGGAGAUUCUGACAAGCAAGUUGUCUGUGGAAAAUGGAGAAGGGCACCCUUAUAUGUUGUACAGUCAGAUAAUUGGGAUUGUUUUUGUUGUCUUCUUUGGGAUCCAGUCCAUGCUGAUUGUGCUGUUCCACAGGAGUUGAAGACUAGUGAAGUUCUAAAGCAGCUGAAGUUUGUAAACAUGCUAAAGAAUCAGCUGGUGGACCAAAACCAGAAGCCUGCUUAAAUAAAUGCCAGUACCAGAGUGGGCGAUUCCUCAAGAGAAGGAUACCCAUUAUGAUGGUAUGAAUGAGUUGCCGUAUGUGGCGUUCUCUUGUAGUAACUAGCCGUCUGUGAACAUGUGAGAACUAUGUUGUUCUAGCCUGUUAAACGAAAUGAUCUGUACUGUCUUCUAUAGGGUCUUGGUACACAAGAGUUAUACAACAUAGAUCUGUCUGUGCAGUCCAGGGAGCAGCGUGUCGCUACUGCUGUGAUCGCCGCCAAACGAUCCUGUGAUCCUGCGCCAAGUUUUGUUUCUUGGUAACUUCUGGUAUUGCGCGUGCCACUGCAUGGCGUGGAUGACGUUUUCUGGUAGACUGCCGAGCGUUUGUGUAUCUGUUGAUAGGCGUUUGGCCUGCUAUGCA